AUGUCUCGUCAAUUUUUCGUAGGUGGAAACUUUAAAAUGAAUGGUACCAAGGAGUCCAUUACCAAAAUCGUGGACGGCUUGAACAAAUCAGACCUUCCAGAAAAUGUGGAAGUGGUAAUUGCUCCUCCAGCUCCAUAUCUUGCAUUGGCCGUUUCUGAAAAUAAGCAAAAAACUGUUGAAGUUGGAGCCCAAAAUGUGUUCGACAAAGCUUCUGGUGCCUACACUGGAGAGAUUUCUCCUGAACAAGUCAAGGAUUUGGGAGCUAAAUGGACAUUGACUGGUCACUCUGAGAGAAGAACCAUUAUCAAGGAAUCUGAUGAUUUUAUCGCUGCCAAGACCAAGUUUGCCUUGGAACAAGGCUUGAAGGUUAUCUUGUGUAUCGGAGAGACCUUGGAUGAGAGAAAGGCCAACGUGACUUUGGAUGUUUGUGCCAGACAAUUGGAUGCCGUUUCCAAGAUUGUCAGCGACUGGUCCAACAUAGUUGUCGCUUACGAGCCAGUGUGGGCAAUUGGAACCGGAUUGGCUGCCACUCCUGACGAUGCCCAAGAGACCCACAAGGGAAUCAGAGCUCACUUGGAAAAGACCAUUGGUGCUGACCAAGCUAAGAAGGUGAGAAUCUUGUACGGAGGAUCGGUUAACGGCAAGAACGCUGGUGAGUUCAAAGACAAACCAGAUGUCGAUGGAUUUUUGGUUGGAGGAGCCUCGUUGAAGCCUGAGUUUGUGGACAUUAUCAAGUCCAGAUUGUAG